AUUCUCUACGUCGAGAAGCUGGCGGCAGAGAGUUUUCCCUGUUCCCUGUACAGUAACCCUUUCGAUUUGGAGGCGGCCCCCUCCGGCAUAAGAACAAGGCUACUUUUCUCUUUCUGCGGAUAGUUUCCGGUGGUAUUUCCUCUCCGUUCUCACCAAUCGACGGGAAAUUCCUAUCUUUCGUUUUACUUUCUACCUUGCUCACACAACCGGACGGCUCGCAUUCCAUUGAUAAAUUUCUGGUGCAGAGCAUAAGAUAGAGGUAGGUAGUCUGCUACCGUUCUUAGAAAGAAGAGGAGCAGAAAAAGAACGAAAAGAUGGCGUACCAUGGUGGAAAGAUGAAGUCAAUAUCAAUAAACGGAGUGAAGAUGUAUACAAUUUCCUCCCACCAACGCUCGGUGGCUACCUGGCUUCCUCCCAAGAAGCAACGAGCUCUCCGCAAAGACAAAAAUUACAUGGAAAGGGUAGAGUUGAUUCAGGAUUUGAGGUUUGAAACUGCAACUACGAAAAUCAAGAUAACUCCUGAUGGGGAGUUCCUUCUUGCAUCAGGUAUAUAUCCUCCACAAGUCAAAGUAUAUGAGCUAAGAGAGUUCUCAAUGAAGUUUGAAAGACACCUGGAUUCUGAAAUUAUUGAUUUUGAGAUAUUGGCAGAUGACUAUUCAAAGCUUGCAUUCUUAUGUGCUGAUCGUUCUGUUAAUCUACAUGCAAAAUAUGGGAAACAUUACAGUUUGAGAAUUCCAAGGAUGGGAAGGGAUAUUGCAUAUGAUUGCUGGUCUUGUGACUUGCUCUGUGCAGCUUCGUCACCAGAUCUAUACAGAAUUAAUUUAGAACAGGGAAGAUUUCUCUCCUCUCUUAACACACAAUCCCCAGCAUUGAAUGUAGUUCGUAGAAGCAAGAUCCAUGGACUGGUUGCUUGUGGGGGCGAGGAUGGUGCAGUUGAAUGUUUUGACAUGAGGAUGAGAUCUUCAAUUGGCAGAAUCAAUGCUGUUGCACAUGCUGGUGAUACUGACCAGGAGGUCACUGCCAUAGAGUUUGACAGCAAUGGGGGUUUCCUCAUGGGUGUUGGAAGUAGUGCAGGAAAGGUACUGAUCUACGAUUUACGGUCCUCAUAUCCCGUUCGAGUUAAAGAUCAUAUGUAUGGCAGCCCAAUACUGGACAUAAAGUGGCACAAUUGUCUUAAUUUUGAGCGACCUAAGCUGAUUACUACUGAUAAUCAUAUUGUUAAAAUAUGGGACCCUGAAACGGGAGAUGGCAUGACCAGCAUUGAGCCAACAGCUGGGACAAUCAAUGAUAUCUGUGUGUUCAACGAUAGUGGGCUGAUGCUUCUGGCUUUAGAUGGUAGCCAGAUACCUGCUUACUUCAUACCUGCUCUAGGACCUGUUCCUAAGUGGUGUUCAAUGUUGGAAUCUCUAACAGAAGAGCUAGAUGAGGGUGGAGAAACAAGCAUAUAUGAUAAUUAUAAAUUUUUGACAAAGGAAGAUCUUGAAAAGUUGAAUUUAACCAAUUUGAUUGGCACCAAUCUUCUAAGAGCCUACAUGCAUGGGUUCUUUAUUGACUAUCGGUUGUACAAAAAGGCAAAAGCAUUGGCAAAUCCUUUUGAAUAUGAAGAUUACAUAGAGAAGCGAAAACAAGAGAAACUGGAAGAGAAACAUCGCUCCCGUAUUACGCUUGGUAGGAAGUUGCCCAAGGUUAAGGUUAAUCAACGUGUUGCAGCUAGUAUCUUGGAAGAUGAAGAAGCUGAAGGUGAAGCAAAAGCUGCUGAUGUUAAUGAGACAAAGAAAACAUCCAAGAAGAAAAAACUUGGAAGUGAGAUCUUUGAGGAUGAACGGUUUGCAGCAAUGUUCCAAAAUGAGGACUAUGAAGUUGAUGAGCAAUCGCAGGAGUAUCUUGCUUUACACCCCAUGGCUUCGAAGAAGCAGCUACCUGGUCCAUCUCUGCUUGAAGAACAUUUUGAACGUGUUGACAAUGAAGACCAUAGCAUGAGUGACUCUGACGUCUCAUCAGCAUCCCAGUCUUCGGAAGAUGAUACCAUCGGCCCGAAGAAGAAAGCAAGGAAAUUGCAAGGACCAAGAAUGUAUGUGGUUAAAGAUGAGAGGCAUGCGGAAGCAUUCUCAAACCGCAUUUCCCUUGCAAAGGAGGAUUCACUUCCUUUGGGAGAGAGAGUAAAGGCACUCCAAAAUGAUCAGCGGGGUUCAGGUCUGCCAAACAGCGUGAAGGUGGGACCUGGAGGAUCACGAGAGAUUUCUUUCAUUUCUAGAAGUUCAGCUUCAUACAAGGAGGAUAAGGAGGACAAGGAGGACAAGGAGACACAGCAUGAGAAGAGGAGAGGCAUACAAUCGCUAGGUUUGAAGCCUGAUAGAUCAGGGUUUGGAGGCCGAGGCAGAGGCAGAGGCAGAGGCAGAGGGAAUCGGGGUAGGGGCAGGAGACAUUGAAAUUGAACAUUCCUGCACUUGUAUGAUAUACCAUUUGUCAUUUUGCAUUGCUUCUAUACAGCAGCUGUUGAAAGGGAUUGCAGGCUGCCAAUAUUUUGCUUUGCAUUUCUUACCUUUUACGGAAUUGUUAGUGUAAUGUUUACUCAAGAGCAUGGAGAGAAGAAUUAGGGACUCAGGUGUACCAGUGGUCAUGCAGGAGGGGAGGAGAUGGCUCAAUUUUGCAAAUGUAACCAUUCUUUCUGAUCUCAUAGCGCUGUUAUGUGCAAACUAUAAACGAACUCUAAUAUUUGUAUGUGGUGGAAAAUUUGAGAUGCUUACUUUGGCCAAGAUUUAUGGAAUUUUUUAAAAUUUGAAUUAUACCAUAUUUAAUGUCUCUGAUGUUUUCAUUAGUUUCUAUUUAUUUGGAGUUAGGAUAAACUUAUACCUGUAUA